GAAAUAUCAGCCGAUGACGGCAUCAUCAGCUGAUCACGCUGGGACAUUUGUAGUGGGACUACUUCGCCACCACCUUCACAAUGCAAUGUAAUACAAGGUGCGAUCACACCCACACGUGCUCUAGUGGAAACAAGCUUUUAGACCCAUCCACUUUACUUCCAGAUCGCUCAGUUUCCGACAGAGAGACUACGUAACGUCAACACCAGGAAGAGAAGCAGCAAAUUCUUACCAAACAAGACAGUGAGUGCGAAGAAGAAAGUGAGCAGACGUCUGACCCUGAACAGUUUUGUUUCGACCACGUCGUUUUGGAGUAAUACAACUAUAAGGAUACUGUGGAGCAAUGGCUUCCAGCACCCCAAUGGUGAAUGGGGACUUGAGCCGGGGGUCCCCCCCUGGACCUGCUGUGGGCAGUCUAGAGGAGGCCGUUCAGCAGAUGAACACCCUCAUCAAGGAGAACCGAGAGCUAAAAGAGGCGUUGAGGCAGACUAACUCGUCCAUGAAGGAGCGUUUCGAGGAUCUGUCUGUCUGGCGCGAGAAGCAGAGGGAGGAACGGGAGUUCCUGGAGGGACGACUGGAGGAAGCCAGGCAACGAGUGACGACUCUCACUACAGAAAACGAGGGACUGAAAAAACGAGUGCAAGAGCUGCAGAGCACCUCACCGCCAGCACAGGCUGUGACAGGGGAGCUGGAGGCGCUCAGGGUGCAGCUGGCCCGCGUGCAGGCCGAGAAGAACGACCUGGUGGCCCUCAACUCCGAGCUGCAGCUGAAGAUGGGCCAGGGAUCACCCGAGGACUCCUUCAUCGAGAUCCGGAUCGCUGAAGGACAACUGGAUGUGACUAAAGACUUACCCUCUGCUCAGGAAGAACUCACAGCUUCAUGCAUGUCACGCUUCAAAUCCGAAGAGCAGACGGUGAGCCAACUGCUGCAGUCCCUGAGGAGUGAGACCAAAUGCAAGGAGACGCUGGAAAUUGAGCUCCAGGCUGCAAGAGAGAGAUUGAACGAGUUGGAACUUCAGAGGCAGAUAAACAGAGAGAGCAGCACACAGACGUCACUAUCUCUCCAGCUCGCUGAUCAACAGCAGGCUGAGAAGGACAAACAGAGCAGUGAUGAUAAGUCUGCAACCGAAGUGGAGAAUCUGAAGACUCAGGUGAAGACUCUGGUCAAAGAGCUCCAGGAGCCUCAGAGCAAACUGGAUGAAGCAGAAAAAAUGAAGAAAAACCUCCAGGACCGGUGUCGGGAGAUGGAGCAGGAGCUGGCCAGCCUGAGGACCCAGCUGGGGGAGCGGCAGCAGGUGCAGACUGAGAACGAGAGGCUCAAGCUGCAGCUGGAGAGUCUGCAGGCCCACAACAAGAUGGAGCAGAAGAAGGCCCUGGAGGAGAAGAACAACCUGGCUCAGUUGAAAGAUGCAUACACUAAGCUGUUUGAAGAUUAUAAUGAGAUGAAGGAGGAGAGGAAGAGACGAGAGCAGGCUAGCGUGUCGCGGGAGGAGGCCAACGAUGUCCAAAUGCGUUUGGCUGCAGCUGAGCAGGCGCUGGCUGCCAAGCAACAGAAGAUUGAUGACAUGAAGCAGGAACUCUUCCAGAAGGAGAAGGAACUUGAGACGAUCUCAGUCUUUAAGGCCCAGGCGGAAGUGUACUCGGCUGAUUUCUAUGCGGAGCGGGCUGCUCGAGAGGCCAUCCAUGCAGAGAAGGAGCGUCUCGCUGCCCAGCUGGAGUUUGUCAAGAAACAGAAGAGCCAACUGGAGGAUGAGAUGGACUCGCUGGGCAGACAAUCCUUAGGAGAGAUGCAGCGCAGACACGUGCCACGUGGAGCCACGCCACAAGGGGGAAGCAGAGGAGCGGAAGUGAACAUUCCGGAACAUGCCUGUCCAAAAUGUAAUGAAAUCCUUCCUGAUCUGGACUCUCUGCAAAUCCACAUCAUGGACUGCAUCAUUUGAGCCUGUGUUCAGACAGUAUCUCAAACAAUUAACACCCCCCCCCCCCCACACACACACACACACACACACACACACACACACACACACACACACACACACACACACACAUGAACUAGUUUAUCAAAACUGGUCCAUAAUAAGCUUUAAUACUGCACAUAGCAACAACUGCACAGUAACUCUUCUUGAAAAGAAUAUUGUUGGGUAUAACAAAGUAUUCCCAUUUUGCACUCUGUAAUUAAGAUCCAUUGGCGUUCAGAUUUGAAGUUUACUGUCAGACUAAUAAUGCGUAUAAUGCGUAUCAGUAUAGUGCUGAUUUUGAAGCCCUUAUAUGCUUAAAUAAUAUAUAAUAAUUAUAUUUUGUUUGCCAAUUCAAGCCUAGUUACAUUUAUAUUGUGUUUAUUUUCAUGUUAAAUUACUUUAUACCUGUAUUCAGUUCAAGGCAUUUAUCAAGAACCCUAAUAUGUGAUAUUUAAGUAGAUUUUCCUCAGAUGGCUUUGGUGACAGACUUCAAAAUAUAUUCUCAAAAACUUUAUUAAACAAAUACAACCAUAUAAAUCUUGAGUGGAGUAGAAGUUAUAGUUUACUGCAUCAGGGCACUUUAGCUGCUGACAAUAUUCCAGGGGCGCGUUUUCCAAAACCAGUUAGCAACUUUGUUGGUUGCAAUGCAAUUUCCCAUUGCCAACUAAGCAAGUUGCUAACAGGUUAGCAACUAUGGUUUUGGGAAAUGCACCCCAGAUUAAUGACUGAGGAUGUAGCAGGUUGGGGGCUCAAUCCCAGAAUUUCACUAUUCUGGGACUAUCGGCCUUAAUUCAUUGGCAACUGCACUGUUGCAGAUUGCUUCUCGUCUUCCUCUCAGUGAGAACUGGUUUGAAGAAGCUGGUUUUGAUGUCCGUGAAGUAUAAUUACUCGAAGGACGUAGCAGCAGGGGUGAGGAGACCCCAGACGGAGGGAGAGAUAACUUUGUUCUGAAAAUUAAGGACUGUUCCAUAGUCUGCUUGGUGUAGCAUCAGUGACCAACUUGGGUAUUCAUUGCUACCUGAAGAAUUAACCCACAUUCUUGCUUAUGAAUUUGGAUAAAGUAAAGAUGUCUCUUGGACCUGCUAAAUAUUAAAAAAAGAUCUGAACAUUA